AUGAGGCAAAUGUUAAGCUUUGUUCUUCUUUUCACAUAUCUAACAAUAUUUUCAGAGAACAGCGGCAUCUACCACUGCGCAGCAACAUCUGCACAAGAUACAGGCACACAGUAUGUCGCAGGAGGCACUACACUGGUUGUACAAGAGCCUGUAAAAAUAAUGGUGCGGCACAUUCUUCUUUGGCUUUUUUGUGUAUUGUUGGCCAUUUAUAAUUUGGCUUUGGUCUCACUUAUCGUCAUAAAAAAGGGACUGUGCCUUCAGAUCUGCAGAAAAAACACUUCAGCUGAGAGGACAUUGACAAAGCGGGUUCAGUUUCAUGAUGUAUUGCAAGAACUAUACAAGAGAAGAGGUUUGAAAACCAACACACAGGCUGCAACAGGGUUUCAUAAUAAGAUGGCAGAUACCUCGUCUAAUAGUUUACAUAAUGAUAUUUAUCAGAAUAUGUAA